AUGGAAGAAAUCAUAACCCGUGAUGAACAUGGCCGGCUUUCUAGAAAUGGCCAGAAGAAGAUGUUAAAUGGAAAUGUCUGUGCUAAUGGACCUCCAACUACGCUAAGUGGCACUGGCAAGGAUCGCAUGGCAUUUUUACAAGCAAAUCUAACACGAGAUAAUACACGAUCUCUAAAUGGGGCAUUAGUUGGUGAGAGGAAUGUGUUCCAGUUUGAUCAAGGACUUGGCAUUGGUAGCAAGUUCCCAUUCUUCAAUCGCCACAAGCUAACGAUGACCAAAUUUUUCCCUCUAAGGCAAGUCGAAGAAGGCAAAGGUAAUCCUGCACCACCUGUUUUAGUCCUUCACGGCCUGUAUGGUGGUUGUGUAGGAGAUCUCCCGAACCACGAAGCUUUUACACUUGGUGGACCACAUUCAUUGGCAGCUGAGAUUCGAAUACCCGUGAAAAACGCGUACACUUAUGCAUUUGCAGAACAUGGAAAUGAUCUCGGAAGUUCAGUAUCUGUACAAGGAAACCCGACGAAGGCAUACAUGAGAAAAGGUCAUGGUUCCUCGUAUGGUGUUGGAGUGAAGUUCGGUCAAGUACGUGCUGAGUAUGCUGUUGAUCAUAACUCCAGGCGGGGCUCGUUUUUCGUUCAUGUUGGGGAUAGAUUCUGA